AUGUCUUUUGUUCUUGGCUCCAAAUCCUCAAAAAGGAUACUUGUGCUCUGCACCACCAUCGCCAUCUUAUUUAUAUUACUGUUCUCAACACUAUACAGUACCACUGUUGGCCAAUCACCAUGCCAUCUACUGUCUGCUGUAAGUAUUCCCUCUCUAUCACUCAACCUUGGCAGCAGCAACAGCCACUUGUUCACCAAUUUGAAUCGCAUUACAUCGUCUGCCAGCCACGCUCAGAGAAACAAGGAGAAGAUCCUGGUUCUGACACCAUUGAAGGAUGCCAGCCCAUAUCUGGAUCAGUACUUUAAAUUACUAGACGAAACUAGCUAUCCAAACCAUCUCAUUUCACUAGCCUUUUUAGUCUCGGAUUCAUCCGACAACACACUUGAAGCCUUGCAAUCCCACAUCAAUGCUAUACAGACCAGAUGGAACUACCGCCAUCGAUUUGACUCUGUGCGUAUUUUCACCAAGGAUUUCGACUUUGACUUGCCUAGUUCAAAGAGACAUGACUAUGAGAUGCAGCCCUUGCGUCGAAGCAUCAUGGCUCGAUCCCGUAAUUGGCUCUUAUCUGCGGCACUCAAGUCAGAUACAAGUUGGGUUGCUUGGAUUGAUGUCGAUGUGGUGGAGUAUCCAGCCUCCAUCUUUCAAGAUUUGAUGCGUGCAGAUGCCGAUGUGGUGGUACCGAAUUGUUUACUAAAGAGAGACGAUCGUGCCUUUUGGGCUUAUGAUAAGAAUAACUGGCAAGAAACAGAUGAAUCAAGGAGAAUUCAGGAAGGUUUGGACGAGGAUUUCGUCUUGUUGGAGGGCUAUUAUGAGUUUCCCACCUACAGAUACUUGAUGGUAGACAUGCCAACAGAUGUGGAUAAGGAUUACAAAGUGGCAUUAGAUGGAGUGGGCGCCACAUUUACUCUUGUCAAAGCGCAUGUCCAUCGCGAAGGUGCUAAUUUUCCAGCCUUUGCAUAUCAGCAUCAAGUGGAAACAGAGGGCUUUGCCAAGAUGGCUAAAGCGAUGGGAUUUUCUGUUUAUGGUCUUCCCGGCUACCUGAUUUACCAUAUCCAAAACCAUUAA